AUGACUUACGCCGGCUGUGUAUCACGGAACAUGAUUCGCAGACUGUCAUAUCUUGUUUCCGCUGGAGUGAGUGUAUUGAUUAAUGUUUACAACUACAGUCCUGUUGCACGAUUUAGACCUAUUUUGAGUUCAUACCCGGAUAUAGGUGUUAUCGCUGUCACAUACUGGAACUUAGCAGGGAACAGCAACAUGGAACUGAAGGGGCGCGUGAUUGUGUAUUCAAUUUUGGGAUGCCCUCACUGUAUGAGAGCGAAGAAUACCUUACAGGAGAAAGGUGUUCCGUAUACUGACAUUAGUUUGGAGACCUACCCGCAAUGUCGGGAGGAAGUGAAAGCACGCACUGGCAGACACACCGUUCCUCAAGUGUUCUUCAACGCUAAACAUAUCGGGGGAAAUGAUGAUCUGCAGGCACUAGUGAAUGACAAGAGCCAGUGGGAGGCAAGCAUUGAAGAACUGAAGACCACAGCACCAGGGAGUGAUGCCCCUCAGAUACCAGACCCCAGUACAGCCAUCAAAGACUCCGAUGCUGGCGAGUUUGUAUGUGAACCAGAUGAAUAUGCCAAGCUGGUGGAGGACCUGAAGACCAGUGGUCUUAUCAAAGAUCACUCCCGCAUACUCACUACCUAUAAACGGUCCUUUGUUGGUCGCGAGUUUGUGGACUGGGUGGUCAAAACAAAGGGGCUUGAGCGGAGUACAGCAGUUGAGAUGGGGCAAAAUCUGAUUGACAAACACUUUGGCCACAAUGUGAAGAGUACUAGUGAUGAAGUGUUCCAGGACUCUCCUGACAAGUAUUACAGAUUGUUGGAGGACGAUGAGUCCUCCGCCCUCAACGCAGGCGAAAUGUCGCAGUGCGAGCCCAGACCUGCUGACGAACUUGGAGAAGAAAUCAGAAAACUCAUCUUGAAGAUAUACAACGCUUUUUUGUCUGCUGAUGGAAAGAAAGUGAACUACAAAGGCAUAGCUGGAAGUACAGAGUUUGAGAAAUACAAAAGAUUGACUAAGGAGCUCCAUCGUGUCCGAAUCUCAGAGGCAACUCGAGAGGAGAAGUUGUCUUUCUUCAUUAACAUAUACAAUGCGCUCGUUAUCCAUGCCAAUGUGCAUGUUGGCCCUGCAACAAACCUAUGGCAGAGGUACAAGUUUUUCAACACAAUAAGAUAUAUAAUUGGUGGAGAAUCAUACUCUCUCCAAGACAUUGAGAAUGGUGUGCUGCGAGCCAACAGGAAGGGUGUUGGUAUGUUCACUAGACCAUUUUCUCAGUCAGAUCCUCGCUUUAAAGUGGCUUUAGAGAAACACGAGCCACUCAUACACUUUGCUCUUGUGUGUGGAGCUAAGAGUUGUCCGCCCAUUAAAACAUACUCCUCCAAUGGUAUAAAUGAACAACUAACGCUGGCUGCUGAGGCUUUCCUAGACGGUGGUGAUGGCUGUCAGAUUGAUAUGAACAAACGACAAGUCAGACUUUCUAAGAUAUUAAAGUGGUACCAGGAAGACUUUGGCAAAAACAAAGAGGAGGUACUAUGCUGGAUCCAGGCUCAUCUUCCGGAUGGUGACAGGAAGGCAAAACUCACAGAACUGUUAGACAGCAAGAAAUACAGCGUUGACUAUAUGAAAUAUGACUGGGGGGUCAACUCAUAGAGUUUAUUUAUAUCAAAGAAUAUUAGUCAUGAAUGAAAAAUCAUACAAUUAUAAUUUGUUUACGAUUGGUAAAAGUGAGAACUAUUCCCAUCUCGUAUCCCAUUCAUAUUUUGAAAAAUGCAUGUAAUCAUUGGAAAAAUCUUUUGAUAAAUUUCCACUCUACAAAACAGGAAAAAGCUAUGAUGUAUACAUGUAGUUACAUACUUUCAUUUUAAGUAUCAAGGAUAUUGGUCUGUAAAAUAAAAUGUGAUGCCAUUUCUGUGUAAUUUUGAUAUAUCUGUUAUUGAAAACUUAAAUGGAAUCUUAUAACUUUGGAAUAGGAUUUUCAGAGUAUGAUGAUGUUGAGUAAUGAAUAAUACAGGACUACUCUUAUUUGGUUCUCUAUAGAUUGAUAUCCAGAACAUGUUUGAAAUUCUAAAAGAUGUUUUGUAAUGUAAACUUGAUUAAUUUCACAACAAUUGUUAACAAGUUAUUUCAGCUUACAAAAAUCACUCUUGUUCACCCAGAUGUAAAUGUGAAAGGUGUGUUACUGUAGAAGGAAACGAGAAUAUCCAGGAAAAACUCAUGUGGUUGUACAGGUGAUCCCUUAUUUUUUCACAUUUGAUUUGAGAAUCAAACCCAAUACUGCUUGUUGAAAAGCAGGUGCAUUACCACUGCGCCGCCCUACUAUAAUUCUGAAAUAUUCUUAGGUAUGAAAAUUACGUUUGUAUUCAUGAAAUUAUUCUCAUUAUGCUCUGAUAGAAAUCCUUUGUCAAAACGUUUUACUUCAUUAGAAAUUCCAUAACACCAUUUGAUACUGUCAAAAUUCCUGUCUAGACAAAGUCGUUGAAGUUCAUCAUCUUUCAAAUAGGAAGUUGGCACAUUAUCUUAGUUUUUGUUUAUGAAUAUAACUCUGAUUUAGGUAACACGGUGACGAUUUAGGUAACACGGUGACAUAUGUCAUUUAAAAGUAUGAUAUUUCAGCAGAGAGAGAGUCUAGUUUAACAAGAUUCAAAUCUGUAUAUGACUUUUCAUCUUUUGAAUCAAUGCUAUUUAUGUACAUGAAACAUUUACAAUGUAUAUUUUGUCUACAAGAGAAUUGAUUUUAUUUGAUUUAAACAUGUUUUAUUGCAACACAAAUAGCAAACAAAAGAAAUAUUUGAUAUUGUUUGUUGGAGCCUACAUGUUUUGUGAUAAGAUCUGACUUAUUGUUUUAAAAUAUUGUAUUUUGUUUACUAUUUCAUAUUGUAAAUGCUCUUUAUUUUUAUAUAUACACAUGAAAUAUGACAUUAAUUCCUCGAAGCUGUCCCAAGGUUUGUUGCCAUGAGUGUUACCAUGUUAUGAUUGUACUCGUCUUAAUUGUGAUACUUUAUGUAACCAACUUUAUUUUCAGAAUGUGUUAACAUCACAAGUCUUAGCUUGUGUCCAUGAUAUUGUAUAGCAGAUCAAUAUUUUGCUUCAAAAUGCUCUUCUCCCUUAAUGUUUGAAUAGAUUUAAACCAAAUUUGGUCUGAAAUAUCAUUGUGGGUACGAAUCAUUUUUUGAAUUUAGAAAAUUGAUUUGACCCCUUAGGGACAUUGGGAUGGCCAGGACAAAGAAUGAAGAAAUUAGUCAAUAUUUUGUUUCAAAACACUACUCUUCUUUAAUGCUUAAAUGGAUUUAGGGAAGUUUUGUAAUGUGAUCUGUCAAAAUGUGGUCAUAUAUUGAUGAUGUGUGCACACAAAAAAAAUUAUUUUGCAAUUUCAUGCUGUCAUAUUGCAAUUUUUUUGUCAAAACCAGAUGAAGGUAGAAGUGUUCAUUUGAAAACCAAUAAAAUGAGGAAAUAAGCAAAAUAUCUUUUUGUUGAAAAUUGAUGUUGAUGCACGCUAUAGAUUAUUAUGUCUCCAAAAUGGUUGCCAUAGAAAUUAGUAAAGGACAUUAAUGCUAGUUGUUUACACGAUUAUUAGAAAUAUAAACUUUUCUUUUUAUUACAACAAUUGCAAAAAAAAAGGUUAAAGCUUAUAUUUAUCACUCUUGAUGGCCAAAUGGAAGCACAGUCUUUCUGUAGGAGGAUAUGUACCUGGGCAAAACCCAUGUGGUGAGGCAGUGAAAGGCAAGUGUGUUAUCACUGCACCACCAUUUACAUCAUUAUAACUGGUAUUUAUUACAUAUAUUUACACAGUGGUACUACUGAUACUGUGAUUAGGAAAUUACGACAUAGUGCUAGAAGUUUGUCAAAAAUUCUUGUCAAAAGAUGAGACAAAGGACUUCAAUUUUUCUUAUGAAGUUGUUUUCAGCAGAUGCAGAUCUGAUUCACAGUAAAUGUUGUUAAAAUGUGCCAUUUUCAAGGUUUAACUUACAUACAUGCUUUUGUAGUAUAUCCAUGUAAGUAGUUAAGAUUUUAUGAUUUCUUGUAUAAAGGUAUUAUUUUCAUAAACAAAAUUAUCAUCAUGGUUUUUCAUGCACUUUUUAACUUUAAUGUAACAAAAUUAAAAAACAUCUCUCAUUAGGGAAAGUGUAAGACAUUUCUUGAAAGAAACGGUGCCUUAUGACUAUAUAUAUAGUUAUAUAUAGAAAUUUGUACUGGCAUUAUCUUGGGAUUGUUUCAGAAAAAACAGUAUACUGUGCCAUAAUAUACAAAUUAUUUAUCAUCAAAAUGUUGAUACUGGAUGGUUAAGUAUAUUUACCCUCCAUGUUUAUCCUUAUCAUUAAUUUAUUUCGUCUUACCCUCUAUUCCAACAAAUUUUCACUCUGACAAAAACUCUCUUUUACUUGAUAUUAAACAUACUUUAUGUACAGGUGUGAAAUGGCAGUGUUACAAACCAAAUGUUUGAUAAUUUAAGGAAUAACCCAAGUUAUGAUAUUAAUUAUCGAGUAGCAGUCCAUCCAUUAAUUGAUAACCCUUUAAGUAUGCAGGCUCCUUCACCUGUUAACAACAGGUGCCUUACAUUGAUGUCAUUUGCCUUGUUAACAGUGAAUUGAUACUGGAGGUCACUUUUGUGAAAUGUUCUUUAUAUCUUUUCAUUAUAUAUUUCAUUCCUUUCUGAAAAAAAACUUAUAAACUGCAA